AUGAGCCAUGGUCACCUCGUAUUCCAUAUCGAUGUGAAGAACGGUGCAACCGUCCUUGUUAGUGUGGGCUCCUCACUGGAAGUGGCUGAUUUGGAGCUUGAAGAGCUUCAUCAAGCUGCCGAGAUUCGGCAGCAUACGCCAGAUGUCCAAAGGCUUUUCGAUCAGCAUGGCUUCUCGUUGAAUUCGCUGGGCCGUGAGCUGAAGAAUGCGCUGGAACGUGCUGCACCUCAAGGAUCCGAAGCCUUUGAAAAGCUGCGACGGCUUUGGAGAAAGACCAAGAAGAAGCUUGCAAUUCUUGAAGCAAGCACUCCCACCAGGGCGGGUCCACGAGCUUUUGUCGAUCAAGUUGGCAGCAAUGCGGCCUUGGUGUCGUGGGAAGUCUUGGAACAUUUGACCGAAGGUUUCUUUGAAGUGGUCCUCUUGGGCUAUCAGGAACGCACGGAACGGACCUCGGUGACCCGCUCGGUGCCACGCACCUCGAGUCCGCGCGUGGCCAAGCUGGGGAUGUUUCGGGUAGAAGGAGGCCAUACAGCUCGAAGCUAUCGACUGGGUAAGCUUCAAGCGCUUCGGUGGUAUCGCGUGAGGGUACGAAGCGUGGGGCCUCGAAAAGGAUGGAUCUCUGAGUGGAGCAACGAAGUGGCCUUUAGAACCAUGAGUUUAUCUGCAGCCCGGGAUUCUGGACUUUUGGUCAACUCAAGCAACUUCCUGGUGAAGUCGGAGCGGUUGUUGCGCCACUGCGUUGAUGACAGCACUAUCUUGGAAGCAACUGCGGAGGAGAGGAACAAAAUCCAAGUUGUCAGAGACAUUCUGGGAGCUUCCGGUGCUCAGACGAGUGCUUCGGCUACAAGCAACCUCUUGGGUGCACGCUAUGGUCAGAAAGGUUGGCCGGAUUUCGUGAAGAAUGGAUCUCGAUUCUCUCGUCCAGCCAACCAGCGUGAGCAACGCAUGAGGCGUGUCCGCUUGGCCGUUGCUGCGAUUGAGCUGUAUGGACCAAACUAUCCACUGCAGAACGCCUGGUGUCAAGGACCCCCAAGUGAGCGGUAUGCAGAGUUGGUUGUAUGUGGUGCCAAGGAGCAGCAUCUCCCGGCAUCCUACCUCGCUCGCCUGGAGCGGCACCUGGAGAUGUUGGGCCUGGCCAAAAGUCACUUUGCCUGCCGCAACUUGCAUCCACAUGAAGUGACUGCCGCGCAGCCGCUUGGAGAGAUCACAGAGGGGAGCGGAUGCCCCACCAGACAAAGCCCAGAGGGUUUGAUCGAUCGACGAGACCAAUCGACGAGAGAUCCGAUGCCGGCGAUGCGAAUUCAGGUGAUGAAGCUGAGCAAAGCACAGGAAGUGUUCCAGAAUGCUGGUGUAGACUCCUUCCUGGAUUCCGUCCUGGAGGGCUAUCACGCUACAGUCUUUGCUUAUGGGCAGACAGGCAGCGGAAAGACGCAUACCAUGGAAGGGUUUGUAUACCAAGCUGGGACUCAAAGCAAGGCUCCACAGGUGAAGCCAGCCUUGACGGCACCUGAGAAGCUGGGGAUUGUCCCCCGCUGCAUUGAAGGCCUUUUCCAACGUAUGGAGCAGCAAAGUUUGGCCGGUGACUGCAGCUUCACCUUCCGCUUGUCUUUCUUGCAGAUCUACAAUGAGCGGAUUUUCGAUUUGCUGAACCCGGUGCACCUUACAAAUCACAGCUUGGGCGGCCUACGUCUCCACUGGAAUCCACGUGAGUCUUCUGUGUCCGUGGAGAACCUCUUCGUCUUCGAGUGCAGGACUCCAGGAGAGGCCCUCAACUACUACAAGGCCGGAGUCAAGAACCGCACCGUGGCAAGUCACCAAAUGAACCAGGCCAGCAGCCGUUCCCACUCUGUCUUGACCUUGACGAUUGAGAGGAGGAGUGAUCAUUCUGUCGACCGCGUCUCCAAGUUGACAUUGGUCGACUUAGCAGGGUCAGAACGUCAAGCAAUCACUGGUGCCAGCGGCCGAACUCUUCAAGAAAGUGUUGGCAUCAACCAGUCCUUGUUUGUUCUGCGGAAAGUGAUCAUGUGCCUGGCCAAACGCAAGGGCAACAAGCUGCUGGUGCCGUACCGCGAAUCCAAGCUCACAAUCCUUUUGCGCGAUGCCAUUGGGGGGUCUGGCUACACCUUGAUGCUGGCCUGCCUCUCAAUUCUGGACUCAAACUUCGAGGAGAAUGUCUCCACACUCCAGUAUGCCUGUACAGCUGGCUCUAUACGCAACCGACCUGUUGUGAAUCUUGAUCCAACGACCUUGCUCAUUCGACAGCUGCGGCGCGAAGUCCAAUUUCUCAAAGGACAGCUAUCGUUGGCAGAGAACUACGUUCUCCGGGUGACGGGAAAGCCCAUUCCCAGAGAAGUUCUACAAGGUGACCUUACCCAUGUCCCAGAAUUUGUCUUUGAUGUUGGAGAGUCUUCCCAGCGUGUCCAGCAUCAGCAGAAUCGAACACCUCGUCGUGCGAACGAUGACGUCAAAGUGACUCCGAGCAAAAUGCCUCCCGCAGCAUCUCCGCCGCCUGAUAGGCGGAUUGACAAGGAGCGCUCCGAAACGCCUUCCACUCCACCGGACGCGUCUACGGCACCUGCGUCCGCGUCCGGAGCAGCGGAGCCGCGGCCCUGGGGCGGCCCCAGCGGAGAGAUCUGGGCGGAGCGACUCAGCGAGGCGGUGGCCGCGUUGCAGGUGGCCACCUCCGACAAUAUGGCACUGAGACGACGCUGGGAGGCCGCCAUGGAAGAAAGAGAUGCCCUUCAAAUACAGGUGAACAACAUGGAAAAGGAAAUGAUGCUGGCUGGUGAAUCACAAGUGGUUCCAAACGUUCUUGGCUUCGCUGGCGCCAUGUCAGGUAGCGAGCUGGCAGCGUUGACGACAAUGCGUGCAUCCACCUUCUACGAUGUGCUGCUCUUGCGUGAGGACAGCGGGACAGCGGGUCACAUCCAUGUGCGGGAAUGCGUCUUUUGCCGCAACACCAUUGACCGGCAAGAGCUGCACUACAGCUGUCCGGAGAAAUGCCGCUUUGACGUGUGUCAAUAUUGCUACAAGUCCCAGAUUGCCAAGGCCAAGGUCAAUGCAGCUGGGAGGUCAAGGUCACCCGCCAGUUCUUCGGUGAAAAGCACACCAGACUUUCCCACCGGUGGCAGUGCUGCCUCAAGGAAUGGUGCACAUCCAGACUUUGGAGGAAGACUGGCGCUACCAGGAGAGCCAGGAGCGUCAGCUCCUAGAGGCCCCCCACCGCUGCACACGGAAGAGCAGCAGCAGCGAAAGACUCCAUCGCAGUUCAAGCAUCAUUUUCGGGCUGCGAGCCAGCAGUUCCUGGAGUCCAGCUGGCAACGAUCUGUGGAGGUGGUCUUCUGGAUCGUCAUCGUUUUGGCAGGUGAUUUUAUUGGAGCUUCAUACAUCGAGAAGCUCACAACAGCUGAGGUUUUGGCCUUUCCAUACCCGUUUCUAACAGCCUUUGUCUCAAACCUGGUCGCCGGAGUCCUUGCGAUUCUGAUCCUUAUGAUGCUGGACCGAUUUGAUUCUCGCGGAAGUCUGGGUGAGCUUGCAGCUGUGGGUGGCGAGAUGGACCUAAAGAUGCAGAUUAUCCUGGGAAUCCUCAUCACCUGUGAGAUCGGAGCCGCCGUCAAGGUGUUAUCGAACGUUCACCACACGAUGGCUGCUUGGUUCUACAUGUUGACUCCUGUGGCUACCAUCCUUGUUGCUAGCAGCAACUAUUUUAGAAUGGAGGUGCUACAAAAGGAGCUUCUCACAGCAGCGGGAGUGGCGUCUUUUGGUGGGAUGUUGGCCGUCAAAGGCUCUUGGCCUUCCUUAGAGGGACUCACAGCUCUCCAAUGGGCCUUUGUGGCUGUUGUCAUCACCGUGGCGCGGUGUUUGUUGACGCAGCGCAUCAUGUCACCAGACCUCGGAGAGAGGCCGGGGGCGCUCCACGUGGCCAGGGCAGUCCUUUUGGCCGGCUCCACGGUCGGUGUCGAACUGUCGCUGGUCUACGAGUGGAGCGGCUUUUGGUCACUUCCCUGGCUGUUGAAGGGUUCAGUCUUCCAAAUGCUUUGCAUCAUAGGCUUCUGCCAGGCGCUGAGCGUCAUUGGCUCCACUCGCUUGAUCCAGAUCACCUCAGCGACCUUCGGUGCUCUCCUGGUGCCCUUCCACACGGUGACCAUUCUGCCCAUUGAGUCCAUCAACACUCCAAUUACAGCCGUCAACUGGCUUGGCCUCGUCCUGUGUGCCACCUCGGCCGUGAUGUACUUCAAGGCUCGCAAAAGCAGCGGAGACAUACCGGAAGGUUAUGCUGUUAUCCAGUGCUAG